ACAGGAAAGGUUUUAACACAAAGUCUCAUUAUUGACACCAAAGAUGGCGAAGUGGACGUUCUUCAAGAGCUGAAGAAAAAUACUUCUUCGGGAGGUGGUGGUAGGCAUGAACUUGAAAUAAAUGAGAUAGAAGAGAAAUUAGCCGAAAAAGCAGAUAAAAACCACGUUCAUUAUAUAACUUCAGACGAACAGAUUAUAACGGCAUACCAUGGAUAUUUAACACGAAGUGAUGAAGCGAAGACGGAAGACCCCAAUGAAAGAAGAUAUAAAUACAUUCGUGCUAAAGGUUAUGACAUAAGCUGUACUGUACAGUAUGACACGGGUAAAGCACCAGAAGCAUUUAGUUAUAACGAUGAAAUUUAUGCCUCUACUUUCUCUGUUAAAGGUGUAUUAGUUGAACCAAGAUUUACUUUGAGAGUUAAGUCAAAAAUAACGUUUGAAGAUGCUAUUAAAAGUAAAGCUGACAAAGUUGAACUUGAAGCAAUGAACAAAGUUUUGAAAUCUCAUAAACACAACAUCUCCGAUAUAAAUGAACUUCAAGCUACAUUAGACAGUAAAGCUGACAAGAACCAUACACAUAAAUCCUUCACUACUGUUAGAGCAGACGACAUAAUAUUGAACUAUACCCUUGGUUCAAGUGCACCUUUAGAGAAUCCAAGUACAAGCGUAAAAGAUACACUAAACUCCUUAAAUAGUAAAUGUAUGAACAUUGAAGGUCAUGCCAGAAACUUUGAAACCCAUGAACUACCAGCAAUGUUAGACAGUAAAGCUGACAAGAACCAUACACAUGAUUUCUUCACAACUGUUGGUAUAGAAAGUAUUGAAGGAACGGUUGAAGAAACUGGUGGGGAUGCAUUAUAUUGUAAACCUCCUAACUUUCCACAAGGUUUAACAUCGGAUGACGACAUAACGACGAUGAAAUACAUUAGAUGUAGAAAUGUUUAUGUCAUGAAGGAUGAAUAUAAUAUUAAAUUCACUGCUCAAGAUUUAUAUGACAAGAAGGCUGACAAAACAGAGCUUCAAACAUUAAAGACUGAAAUACUUCAAACAUUAUAUCCUAUAGGUUCUAUUUAUACGUCAAUGAACUCAACAAAUUCAGAAACAGUUUUAGGUUUUGGUACGUGGGAGCAGAUUGUAGAUAAAUUCUUAUACUGUGCGAACUCUUCAAAGCAAACAGGUGGUUCGAAGAAAAUUAAAGAAGCAAACCUUCCACCGCACACUCAUACAGGAACUACAAACACAACAGGUAGUCAUUCACAUUCAAUAACAAAAAGAGGUUAUACAAAUCUUGCAGCAGGUUCGGAUAGACAGGGAAUGCAUAGAUAUGAUAUUUCAAGUGACCCAGUAGAUUCAAGCACAGGUAUUUUCUGUGGAACCACAGGAAAUCAUUCACACACUUUCACAACAAAUCCAACAGGCUCGGGUGAAGAUUAUAUGCCACCAUUUGUGACUAUAUUCGCAUGGUACCGCGUUCAAUGA